AUGGAACAAAUAUUAUCAAAGAAACAUGUAGUAGACAUAGCGCUCGACUUGUGUCCGACAUUAAUUUCCUUACUGAACAUUAUCCUAUACGAAGCAGAAUGGCCUAUAAAAGGAGUGGCUCGACAAUGCGGUGGUAAGCGAAGUGCUCAGGUGAAAAUUAAGGAGAUUACUGGUCAAAAAGAUGAAAAUCUGAAGAACUUUUUACCACAAUUCUUCCGCUGCGACUGA